UAUAAAUAUGAAGAAGCCAUGACCGUAGCUACAGGCUAUGUGUUCUGCUGGCGCCAACAUUCUAAUCAAGCUUCUCGUUUCUGUGUCGGUGUCUUUCGGGAUAUUUCUCGUCUUCUCUGUUUUUCAGCUCUACAAGAAAAGAAAGGGUGCUUUUGAGAGCACACCAGAGCAGAAGCAGAUCAGCCAGACUUCUGACAAUAAAAUGCCGGGGACAGCAACUAAGCAGCAGGACGCCCAAUCCCUUGGGGUUGGCAGAGCCAUCGCUGUGCUUACAUCCGGAGGAGAUGCUCAAGGAAUGAAUGCAGCUGUCCGCGCAGUUGUGAGAGUUGGAAUUUAUACAGGAGCCAAGGUUUACUUUGUACAUGAGGGCUAUCAAGGUCUAGUCGAUGGAGGUGAUAACAUACGAGAAGCUACGUGGGAAAGCGUUUCGAUGAUGCUGCAGUUGGGCGGCACAGUAAUAGGAAGCGCCCGAUGCCAAGAUUUCCGAGGAAGAGAGGGUAGACUUAAAGCAGCGUGCAAUCUGGUAAAGAAAGGCAUUACCAACUUAUGCGUUAUUGGUGGAGACGGCAGCUUGACCGGAGCUGAUACAUUCCGUGCAGAAUGGAGCGGCCUGCUUACUGACUUAGUUAAAGCAGGAAAGAUCACUGCCGAUGAAGCAAAGAAGUCUAGUUUCCUAAAUAUUGUUGGCUUGGUGGGAUCCAUUGAUAAUGACUUCUGUGGAACAGAUAUGACUAUUGGUACAGAUUCGGCUCUCCACAGAAUCAUGGAGAUAGUAGAUGCAAUUACAACUACUGCUCAAAGUCACCAAAGGACCUUUGUUCUUGAAGUGAUGGGCCGUCACUGUGGGUACUUGGCAUUGGUGACAGCCCUAGCAUGUGGUGCAGACUGGGUUUUUAUUCCAGAGUCUCCACCAGAGGAGGACUGGGAAGAUCAUCUUUGCAGAAGAUUACAGGAGACAAGAGACCGUGGAUCAAGAUUAAACAUUAUUAUUGUUGCUGAAGGAGCAAUUGACAUAAGUGGCAAACCUAUCACAUCUGAAUAUGUUAAAAAUCUAGUUGUUAAACGUCUUGCAUAUGAUACAAGAGUCACCGUCCUUGGCCAUGUUCAGAGGGGUGGAACACCGUCGGCCUUCGACAGGAUUUUGGGAAGCAGAAUGGGUGUUGAAGCUGUUAUGGCCCUGUUGGAGGGGACACCUGAUACACCAGCUUGUGUGGUCAGUUUGACUGGAAACCAAGCAAUCCGUCUGCCCUUAAUGGAGUGCGUUCAAGUGACCAAGGAUGUGACUCAAGCAAUGAACGAGAAGAGAUUUGAUGAGGCGCUAAAGUUGAGGGGAAGGAGUUUUGAAAAUACCUGGAAUGUUUACAGGACAUUGGCUCACAUAAGACCACCUUCUACUAAGAGCGGUUAUAAUCUAGCUGUGCUGAAUGUCGGAGCGCCGGCUGCCGGCAUGAACGCGGCAGUGAGAUCUGCGGUCAGAAUCGGCAUCAUUCAAGGUCACAGAAUGUUUGCUGUCCACGAUGGGUUUGAGGGUCUUGCUAAAGGCCAGAUUGAAGAAAUUGGCUGGAGUGGUGUUGGUGGGUGGACUGGACAAGGUGGCUCCCGACUUGGAACAAAAAGAGUUCUGCCAAAGAAACACUUUGAGGCGAUCAGUGCAAAUAUUACUGCUUUUAACAUACACGGGCUGAUCAUUAUUGGAGGGUUUGAGGCUUUCACUGGUAGCUUGGAAAUUAUGGAAGGACGUUCUAAAUUCGAGGAGCUCUGCAUACCUAUUGUUGUUAUACCUGCCACGGUUUCAAACAACGUUCCAGGAUCGGAUUUUAGUAUUGGUGCGGACACCGCUCUGAACACAAUUACUACUACCUGUGAUCGAAUCAAACAGUCUGCUGCUGGAACAAAGAGAAGAGUAUUUAUCAUUGAGACCAUGGGAGGUUAUUGUGGUUAUUUGGCCACAAUGGCAGGUCUAGCGGCCGGAGCCGAUGCUGCUUAUAUCUAUGAAGAUCCAUUUUCUAUCCACGAUCUACAGAUGAAUGUCGAGCAUCUGACGGACAAAAUGAAAACCACUGUGAAAAGAGGAUUGAUUUUAAGGAACGAGAAGUGCAGUGAAAACUACUCUACGGAGUUCAUAUUUAAUUUGUACUCGGAGGAAGGCAAAGGCAUCUUUGAUUGCAGGAAAAAUGUGCUGGGUCACAUGCAGCAGGGAGGAACACCUACGCCAUUUGAUAGAAACUUUGGCACAAAAAUGGGUGCCAAAGCUGUACUUUGGAUUACUGGAAAAAUAAAGGAAUGCAGUAGACAUGGUCGUAUAUUUGCCAACACUGCAGACUCCGCUUGCUUGCUGGGAAUGAAGAAACGGAGCCUUGUGUUUCAACCCUUGACAGAUCUUAAAGAUCAAACGGACUUUGAGCAUCGUCUACCUCAAGAUCAAUGGUGGCUAAAACUCCGGCCCAUCCUGAAAAUCCUUGCAAAAUAUGACAUCUCCCUGGACACGUCUGAAAGAGCACAUUUAGAACACAUUACCCGUAAGAGUUCUGUGGAAUCCCACAUCUGAGACGGGAAGAAACUCAGUGCUCUGCACAGCGUGUUUUACUAGUAGGUUGCGAUAGAUUGUUCGACGUUCCGUUUACACAUGCAGUAUUAUCAGGAUACACUUUAUGUUUGCUUAAGCAAAGUUUUCAUUGUAAAAUAAAUAAAAGUUGGAUAUUAGUACACUUUCAUCAAGCAAAAGAGGGCACAUUGCAGCCCCCGGAACUACAUGUCCCACUCUGUGUAAGGGAUUAGAUGUGCAUUAUACCCCAUGAUUUACAAUGCAUCUACAUAAUGUGAGUAGAAGGGUACAUAUAAUUACGUUCAUAUGUUUUGCUUCAGUUUCUGUAGGGUUAGUGGUACUGGGUUUUCUGAUAAAUGCAUGAACUCUUGUGUAGUGACCUUACCAAACAUGCCAUAUUUUAAUAAUAAUUUAUCUAGAAUAAAAUUCAUUGAGCCAUUGG